AUGGGCGACAUUGACAACGAUCACAUCGGCACGUAUAUCAAGGACGCAAUCAACAAUGUUAUCGAGAACACCAGCAUCGAGUCGAAGUCUGCCUCGGACGAGAAGGUCUACGACGUGUUGAGCAUACUGUGCGUCCGAGACGAGAGCGGCAAUCCCAUGGCUGCGAACCUCGAGAAGCUGCGCAGCAAUCUUGAGAUGAUCCAAGAUCUGGCUGAUGAUGAGACCCAGCCUCUAGAGUUUGUCAGGUCCGAUCGCACGUGGCUUGCUCCUCCUUCCCCAGAGAUGGAUGAGGGAGCUGUCCGCCUCCGUGUGCUCCUAGACCCGUCAGACGCAAGCGUGGACGACGCAAGAAAUGACUUGAGGACAAUUAGAGGCUUCAUUGACCGAUGCAACAUGGGCGACGCGGACUUCGGCGUCAAAAUCACAAUCAACGACGGCGACAAGACCCACAACGCAGAGGCGAAUGCCUGA